AUGGAUCAGACAGUACCCUACAGCCUGCAUGAGCCAUCUCCAGAGGUAUCCGACUCAAUGCAGAAGCAUGAUGGUGCAGAAAAGAGUUCUUCCAGCCAAGAUACCGAGCUCAAGCACGAGUAUCCUUCGGGAGUUGCGGUGACGCUUAUCCUCACCUCGGUGACUCUGGCCUAUUUCCUCUUCUUCCUCGAUCUCGCUGUCCUUUCAACAGCCACUCCGGCAAUCACUUCCGAGUUCGACUCUCUAGUGGACGUCGGUUGGUACGGUGGCGCCUACCAGUUGGGAAGCGCAGCGUUUCAGCCAUUAACCGGAAAAAUUUACAGUCAAUUCUCGAUCAAGUGGACAUUCCUCACCUUUUUUGUGCUCUUCGAAGUUGGAUCUGCCUUGUGCGGUGCAGCCCAGUCAUCAGCCAUGUUGAUCGUCGGGCGUGUCAUUGCGGGCGUUGGGUCUGCUGGCAUGUCCAACGGCGCCGUGACAACCAUUUCCGCCGUCCUUCCGACAAAGAAGCAAGCGUUAUUCAUGGGAUUAAACAUGGGUAUGGGUCAACUGGGCCUUGCAACGGGGCCCAUUAUUGGAGGAGCUUUCACGACAAACGUAUCGUGGCGAUGGUGUUUCUAUAUCAACCUCCCACUCGGCGUGAUAGUCGGUGGAUUCCUUCUGUUCAAUACAAUCCCAGAGCCCAAACCCAAGAGCCCACCCCUCCAAAUCCUGGGGUCCGCCGUCAAGUCGCUCGACCUUGCCGGGUUUAUGCUCAUUUGCCCCGCCGUUGUUAUGCUUCUGCUUGGACUCCAGUUUGGCGGAAACGAGCACCCCUGGGAUAGUUCGGUGGUGAUUGGCUUACUGGUUGGAGCUGCAGCCACGGUUGCGGCGUUUCUGGCUUGGGAAUACCGCCAGGGAGACCGGGCCAUGGUGCCCCUGGCGAUGCUCCAACACCGCGUUAUAUGGUCGGCUGCAAUGACCAUGUUCUUCAGUUUGUCCAGUGUCCUUGUGGCCGACUUCUACAUUGCAAUCUACUUUCAGGCCAUCCGUGACGACUCCCCUUUGAUGAGCGGCGUGCAUAUGCUUCCUAUCACGCUUGGUCUGGUUCUGUUUACCAUUGUGUCAGGUGUCUUGAUCUCUGUUCUGGGAUACUAUCUUCCCUUCCUUCUUGCAGGGGGUGCAAUAUCCGCCGUUGGCUACGGGCUCUUGUCGACGCUCAGCCCAACAACAUCUGUUGCCCAGUGGAUCGGGUAUCAGAUUCUCUACGGUGUCGCAAGCGGGUGCAGCGCGGCAGCACCCUACAUUGCCAUCCAAAACCUCGUCGUGCCCGAACAGAUUCCCCAGGCCAUGGCGAUUAUAAUCUUCUGGCAGAACAUCGGUGCAGCAGCCUCGCUCAUCGCCGCAAACGCCAUCUUCAGCAACAGCCUUCGCGAGCAACUCCAGCAGCGCGCCGCACAGAUCGGGAUCCCUCCAGACGCCAUUGUCGCCGCUGGAGUCCGUUCCAUUCGAGACCUGGUCUCGGGCUCGGAGCUUACGGCUGUGCUUGCGGCUUAUGCCAAGAGCAUUGACCAUGUCAUGUACCUUGGUAUUGCCGUCAGCGUUGCUGUCUUGUUCUUUUCUCCGGGGCUGGGAUGGAAGGAUAUUCGCGAGACGAAAGAUCUUCAGACGCUUACUAGCAAGCCUGCUGACCGUGAUCAAAGUGUGGCUCAGGGCUGA